AUGGUUAAUUAUGCUAAUACUAGUGAACAAUAUAUCGGAGAUAGUUUAGAAGAACCUGCAAUAGAAGUAGAAGAUGUAGGUCAUGUUGAAAUGAGAAACGUUGGUCACGUUCAGAUGGUGAAUGAUGCAUUUCGUGAAAUUAUACCAUCAACUGCAGAGUAUGCAAAUAGAGGAGAAGAACCUAAUUUAGAAGCUCGGAGGUUCUUUGAUAUGUUGGACGCUGCUAAAAAUCCGUUGUAUGCUGGUUGUAGAGAUGGACAUUCCCCUUUAUCAGCUGCAACUAGGAUGAUGGGUAUAAAGACGAAUUUUAAUUUGAGCGAGGAAUGUGUGGAUGCAAUAGCUGAUUUUGUGAAAGACAUUUUACCGGAAAAUAAUCUUGCACCAGCAUCAUAUUAUGAAAUAGAGAAACUUGUUUGUGGUCUUGGAUUGCCGUAUCAGAUGAUAGAUGUGUGCAUCGAUAACUGUAUGCUAUAUUGGAGAGAGACUGUAGACCGUUCAACAUGUUAUUUUUGUCGCAAGCCUUGGUAUAAGGAUACAUGGGGAAGAGUGCGAGUCCCACAUAAACGAAUGUGGUACUUACCGUUAACAGAGAGACUGAAGAGGUUAUAUCAAUCAGAGCGUACGGCAAGUGCAAUGAGAUGGCAUGCAGAGCACACCUCGGAUGGAGAAAUUGCUCAUCCCUCAGAUGCAAAAGCAUGGAAACAUUUUCAAUCCAUUUAUCCCACUUUUGCGUAUGAGGCAAGGAACAUAUAUCUUGGAUUAUGUACGGAUGGUUUCAACCCGUUUGGAAAGCAUGGAAGACAGUAUUCGUUGUGGCCAGUAAUUGUAACACCUUAUAAUUUGCCACCAUCUCUAUGCAUGAAACGAGAGUUUUUGUUCCUUACCAUUCUCGUUCCUGGACCAGAGCAUCCAAAGAGAGCAUUUGAUGUGUUUUUGCAGCCACUGAUUUAUGAGUUACAAAUGUUAUGGAAACAUGGUGUUGAAGCGUUUGAUGUUUCUUGUCAGCAGAAUUUACCAUGCGAUCAUCCUUAUCGUCAGAGCACCACAUUGUUUAGUAAAAACCGUCGAGUAUUUAAUGAUCAACCUCCUGAGGUAGAUGGAGAAGGUUUGUUAACUCAGUUCAGAGAUUUCGGUGUAGAGACCACCAUAGAGUGUGGUGGUAACGGGCAUCAACCUGUUGAUGGUUGUGGUAUCAACCACAAUUGGCACAAAAGAAGUAUUUUCUGGGAUUGGCCUUAUUGGAAGGAUCAUUUGUUGAGGCAUAACCUAGAUGUCAUGCAUAUUGAGAAGAAUUUUUUUGACAACAUAAUGAACACCAUUCUGAAUGUCCAAGGGAAAACAAAGGAUAAUCUGAAGUCUAGAUUGGACUUGCCAAGCAUUUGUUCUCGUAAGGCACUACAUGUUUCAUCAAGCGGAAAGCCUCCAGUCCCUGUUUUUCGGUUAGAUGAACCUUCAAAGGCUGAGUAUUUUAACUGGAUCGCCGAUAAUGUUAAAUUCCCAGAUGGAUAUGCAUCUAACCUUCGUAACUGCGUUGAUCAUGGAGAAAAGAAGUUUUCUGGAAUGAAAAGUCAUGAUUGUCAUGUUGUGAUGCAGCGCCUCCUUCCAUUUGCAUUUGCGGGUCUUCUACCACGUAAUGUCCAUGAAGCAAUUGCAGGGAUUGGUGCCUUUUUCGAGAUAUAUGCACACGAUCUUUGA